UACUAGCACGGGCUAAAGCCGUAAUAUUGUGACAUAAUUUUUUAUUUGAAGUUUGAACUUUGUAGGGUGACAGGGCCUACUACGUGGGCAUAAACCACCAACGGCAAGCACGGAUUACCGAUCAAUAGUACGCUGUACACAGGUGUGUAUACUAUACAGUAAUACAGUGUACACUGUACAGUAGACAGCAGUACAGUACAUUACUCCACGGGCGCGUUGUUGUCUCUUGACUUAUCCAGAUACGUUUAGUGGACAGAGUUUGACAUUGUUCUGAAUACCUCAAUUAUCAACUGUCUACAAUUUAUUGAAGUACGUCAUUAUACAUUUAAAAAUCAUGGCAUCCUGGUUAUUUGGAGUUUCUAAACUAACAGCUGAACAGAUUGUUGAUACAAAGGACACACCACCGGCUCCAACAACGGUUAAUCCAGAACCUGUGAAAACUGCACCCGCACCCACAGAGUCUCAAUUACUUUAUGAUUUACAACCACCUGAACCAAAAAUUACUGAUUUAAAACCUACUAGUAUGCUGGACAAUAUACCAUUUGUCUUAUCCAACCAAAUUAUCAUGACUACUAACAACUAUACUUAUAGUUUAGAAAAUACUAAAAGACAUUUAUUAUCUUUAAAAAAAGCGCUUGAAUCAGAUGCAUUCAACUAUGAUUUUUCAAAUGAUAAAAGACUGGUGAGCGAUUCUUCAAUGUAUCAAUCUUAAAAUACCACUGUAUAUAAUGCACUUUACAGUUAAAUUAAAUAUGUAAAACAUAUGAAUAAGUUUCUUAUGUUUUUAAGCUACUUUAAUCUCAGUAUUUUAUUGUUCAAUAAUUAUUUAUAAUCAAAAUUAAACAUUUUUUGUAGCAUUCCAAAUUUGUGAGCAACGGACUUAAAGACAAUGUUAAUCCUGUAUUGUUAGACGAUAGUGAUCAUCAUUGGUUUCAUUGCACUUGUUUUAACAUUUUUCACUAAAUAUUAUCAAUAUUUGUAUCAUUGUAUGUAAUAUCA